GAGUACCAAUGCAGAGGUGACGUGGACGAGCUAGGUGCACUGAGUUUAUGAAGCUUCGUAAGCAUGGUCUCAUUCCUUUGAAGAUUAAUGAUGGUGAGAGGGCACCAUCAUGUGAGAAUGCAGUGUUCUUUACAACAAGGGUAACAUGGAUUAUCAAACAUCAUGCAACCAUGGCUCAAAAUACUUGGGAUGCUAUAGAUACACAAGAAAAAGAGGAGCUGAUCAAUCGUGUUCGGGCUAAUUUCAUUCUAGAUUGGAGUAAAAGGAAUCAUCGCGAGAUGGUCGAGAAGAACCUUGGAAAGAAGUUCAAUGACUUUCACUACCAGCUUCAUAAAAUAUACAUGGGUUGUGCAACCCACGGUGAGGCAUUACUAAAACCAACCUCGUUGGUGGAAUCAGAUGUAUGGAAAAAGUUAUGUGGGAGAUGGGGUAGCGACGAAUUCAAGAAAAUAUCCAAUCAAAAUAAGGUCAAUAGGAAAAGGCAGCAUGUGAACCACACAGCAGGCAGAAAGUCUUUUGUGAGGUUAAUACAAGAGAUGGGUCCGAGCUCAUCAAACUUGGUAAACUUCUAUAAAGAAACUAGAUGGUCAAAGAAGAAAGGGGCAUUUGUCACUCCCAUGACAGAAACACUCUAUAAUAAUAUGAUUGAGAAGUUAGAUGAGAUGGAGCUUGAGGAGCGCACAGAUGAGGCUGCAAAUAUUAUAUUUCGAGAUGUGAUAGGACACAGAUCUGGUUAUGCAAGAGGACUUGGUGUUUCAGUUAUACCCGAGCCUAGACCAUCAUCUAUGUCGGCACAAUUUGAGCACUUAGCCCAAGAAAAUGAGAAACACAAAAAUGAGGCAAUGAUGUACAAGACUGAAUUGGAUGACUUGAAAAGGGAAGUACGACAAUUAUUGGUUUGGCAACAAUCGUAUGACCAGAGGAUGAACCUAUUCGAAUGUGAUUUAGAAAGAGUGUCUAAUAGAGACACUCCAGGAAAUGUUUAGCUGGAUGGCCUUCUAAACUGGGAUUUUUUGAUAAUUUGCUCCAUUUGCUGGCAGGCACAUAUUUUAUUUAAUAGUUGUCUAGAUUUUUGGGUGCAGGAUUUUACUGUUAGUUGUACUUGCUGGAUGUUCCUUGGUGGAAUUAUAAAAUGUCCUAGGCAACAAUAUUUUGGUGGGAUUACUCUGUUAAAGGUUAUGAGAAAACAUUGUAGAAAGCAAAUGGCAUAUGUUGAUAUAAAUCACCCAAGUGGAAUUUUUUGAUGCAACACUACAAGAGCCUGCUGGAUGCUACAUAUGUGGAUUCACUCCCAGGUUUAAAUUAAUGUAUAGGGUUUAAGGUUAAUGUAUAACCAUGUUGACAACAAUUCCAAUGAGAUGCACACAUUCUUCAUCAAGUGUUUAGUGUCGGUAAAUGGAGAUAGGAAUUUAAGUAAUUGCAUGACAAUUAGAAGGAACCUGCUAUAAUGUAUGAUGUAAAAAGUAAAUGAAAUGUUCACAUUCAAGCUUUUUUGUAUGAAAUCUGGAUGGCAAUGUAAAUGAUAAUUAUUGAAAAAAGUGUAUGGUGUUUGAAUUAUAUUAAAUCUAAAACAAAAGUCCUCAAAAUCUGGUACUUGGCAGAGUACUAAAUGAGAGGAAUCUCAAAGAUAAUUUGCCAUUGGUAAAGCUUAAAUUCUUCCUUGGCUACAUACGUUACUACUCUUUAGACAGAAUCUUCUUGAACUUCUUUAUUUUUUCUGAGUUAGUGUGGUGUAAAGAAUGCUUAAUCUAAUUAGAUCCUGUUACCACAAAUUGCAAAGUAUAGAUAUGUAGUAUCUAAAUUUCUUUAAUUCCCCUGUUUUUUAUA